GUUUUUCUCCUCCAGAAGAAGAAAGAUCCGUAAAUUAACAUUCUCUCCCUCCCUUCGCUAUAAUAGCAAGCUUUUCAAGCAUAUUUCUGGGAUUUGGUCCCUUUUCCUUGUUUGGGGUUUUCUUGGGAAAAAAGAAGUAAUUAGGUAUAAUAAUAGUAUAACUAAAGCAAAAAAAAAGAUAGUAAUAUGGGAAGGGGUAGGGUUCAGCUGAAGAGGAUAGAGAACAAGAUCAAUCGGCAGGUAACUUUCUCCAAAAGGAGAGCUGGGUUACUCAAGAAAGCACACGAGAUCUCUGUGCUCUGUGACGCUGAGGUCGCUUUGAUUGUCUUCUCCCACAAAGGAAAGCUCUUUGAAUAUGCCACCGAUUCUUGCAUGGAGAAGAUACUGGAACGCUAUGAAAGGUAUGCCUAUGCAGAGAGACAACUUGUUGCAAAUGAUUCCGAGUCACAGGGAAAUUGGACCAUUGAGUAUACUAGACUCAAGGCAAAGAUUGACCUUUUGCAGAGAAACCAUAGGCACUAUAUGGGAGAAGAUUUAGGUUCAAUGAGCCUCAAAGAGCUUCAGAGUCUGGAGCAGCAGUUAGAUACUGCUCUCAAGCAAAUUCGUACCCGCAGAAACCAACUCAUGUACGAGUCCAUUUCGGAGCUUCAAAAGAAGGAGAAAGUGAUACAGGAGCAGAAUAACAUGCUUGCAAAGAAGAUCAAGGAGAAAGAAAAGGUUGCAGCGCAGCAAGCACAAUGGGAGCAUCCAAACCACGGAGUUAAUGCAUCUUUCUUGCUACCGCAGCCACUUUUGAACAUGGGUGGCAAUUACCGUGAGGAAGCAUCAGAAGUAGGGAGGAAUGAACUUGACCUGACUCUGGAACCAUUAUAUUCCUGUCACCUUGGAUGCUUUUGAAUACUUUCUUUGAGGUGGAUGAUAUUAUAUAGCUUUGGUAUGGCAUUUGACAACAUAUUUGAGGGCUUAUAUAUGCCUCUAUGUUUUGUGGUUUUCCCUACUCUGCAGACGUUAAUGUUUAUUGUGUGUUGUAAGUUUAUAAUUUGGUCACAAGGCUAGGCUUUCUUAAGUGGAAGCUUUGCUAUAUAUAGUUAAGUUGCUGAAA